CUAAUCGACGCAAGUAGUCGACAAAAAGACGACGGCCAACGAAAUCAAAACUUUUCUGAAAAUGGCGACGGAUUGAAGCAGACUCUUGUUCGUUGCAGUUUGCUAUUAAAGUUUUUCUUGCAAAGCCCCAUCGUUUGGUGGCUUAUCGCGUUGCAAAAAGAGUAAACCUCGGAUCUGUUUAAAAUCCGUGAGAGUAGAUUGUUAUAUCAAAACGUUUAUUUUGCUGAACUUUCCUCAAAUACAAAAGUUGACCGGAAAACCCGAGCGUAGCAUUUUGUGCGUGUGUCGUGCGAAUGGACCGCAAUUUAUCCGGUCGUCUAACCCGGCGUAGUCCGUCGCCGUCUCGUGGCGGACCGCUUGGUUCUAGCAAGUUACGCAUGGACCGCAAACCUAAUCACGUUCGGAUUAAUGAUCCCAGUCAUCCGGCUGGUAAGCGCAAGGAACUUGAUAACGUUAUGCGCAAGGCUCGGGCUUUUCCCAACGAAACUUGGGACAAGAAGCUCCUCGAGGUAGAGGAGAAAGACCCGAACCGUUGGCGGCACACCGGUUUUAAGAAAAUGUACAUUGAAGAUGAUCCAAGCAGCUCGGACAGCGAGCGAGCACCGAACCGUUUCGGUAAUGGUCCACCGCUUGCGCGUCGUAGCCGCAGUCGAUCUCCGCGUUCUCCUCCACCGCGGCACCGUCGCAGCCCUUCGCCGCCUCCGUUGAGAAAACGUCGCCCGUUACCGGUGUCACCUUCGCCACCGCCACCGAUGCGACGAAGACCGGCGUCUUUGACGCCACCGCCGCCGGAACCAGAAAUGAAGCGGAGACCUCGCUCGCCCCCGCCCAGAAUGAUGCGGCGUCUUUCGCCGCCGGAAUUUCAUCGACGAUCGCCGAUUUCCGUUUCAGGUUCACCACGCCGCAUGCCAGUUCGACGAAUGUCUCCUGUUCCACAGCCAAGGCCAAAGCCCAAACGUCCCCCGUCGCCGCCACCUAAGAUGAGUCGAUCUCUCUCGGUGUCCAGCUGUUCCGAUGAGUCUUGUUCGGCUUGCUCCGUUGAGGAGCGACAUCGUCGCCCAAUUCGUCGUUCUCGUUCGAUAUCCGGUCCGCGUCCGCGCCAUCGCGUUGUUUCGCCGCACGGUGCUCACAUCUCGAAAAGUCGCCGCGACGUUCCGGUAACUCGUAUGAUGAGUCCGCCGCCGACGGAUCCGCGCCGCAAGGAACCGAUGCCGAAGGUGCAUCGCGUCGAUAAGGAUCCUAGAGAUCGGCCGUCACGACCGAUACCUCCUCCACCACCAGCGGAACGAGUUCGCCAUCCACAAACACCCGAAUCGGAUAAAGCUCCUUCACCGAAGAUGCGAGUUCCAAAACCGAAACCCAUUCCGGCAGAGCCUCGUCCGGUUAAAGUUCGCUCAUCGAAGACAUCAGCACAGGUUCCUUCAACAUCUAGCAAAAAGCACAAGGAUAAAAAUGUAGAGAAGAUGCGCGCCCGAGUUAAAAUCGAAGGUGAACCGAAACAACGUCGACCGCGUUCGCCAUCUUCUGGCUCGGAGGAUUCAUCAAGCAGUGGAAACUCACUGCCUCGAUUUACGGCCACAACACGGCUGACACUGUCGGAGCGGUUCGGUAAAAUGGCUCAGUGGAGCGUCGACCGAAGUAACAUGGAAAAUAUGCGCAUCACGAAGAACAGUUCCGGUGGAGAUUUGAAAGUGAUGAUCGAGGAAGAAAUGGAAGCUCCACCUCCUGUUAGGUAUACGUACUCUCCAGCACCGGCUGGACACUUCCCGGAGGAACUUAUGACCACCGGACCGAGUGGUUUAUCCUCUUGGGAUGAUGUUCGUGUUCGGUACGAGUACUAUAAGGGUCGCGGUUAUCUCAGAGAUCUGGAUCUACAGGACUACAUCAAAUGGGAAGAAUGGUGGUACAAAUAUCAAGAAUGGCUUAAACAAGAACGCUAUUACGAGUUGUGGGAACGAUCACAACUGAAUCGUCGCCGUAAGAAAGUUCCAAUUUCGCAGCGGCUUAACUAGAGAAUAAUCGAUCUCAAAACCAGAUCGGUCUUGAUAUUUAAAGAAAAACCAAGUCAACCUGUUAGAGAGAAUACUUUCGACAGGUGAGCUUCCGUAUGUAGGUCGAUUCAAAUAUCUCUUUCAUUUAUACAUUAAUAUUUCAAUGUGCAUUAUAAAAGCAACAAAAAUUAAAAAGGGAAUACGCUACUACGCGAUGGAACGAAGCAGAGAACAUACGACAUGUUGCGGAAGCCUUUAGUAUUAAUACAUUUUAGCAUUGUAUUUUGAUUUAACUUUUCUAGGACUCCGUCGUAUUAUUGUAAACAAGCAGCAAAUAAAAAUAUCAUAACAAAA